AUGGCUCCGAUCAAAGUUGGCAUUAAUGGUUUCGGUCGUAUAGGCCGCAUUGUCUUCCGAAACGCUGCUCAAAGCUGUGACAUCGAAGUUGUUGCUGUCAAUGACCCCUUCAUUGAACCAGAAUAUGCCGCGUACAUGCUGAAGUAUGAUUCAACUCAUGGUCAGUUUAAUGGAGACAUACAAGCAGUCGAGGACGGACUAGUUGUCAACUCCAAGAACGUCAAGUUCUACAACAAAAGGAACCCUGAAGAGAUACCAUGGGCCGACACAGGAGCUCAGUAUAUCGUAGAGUCAACUGGUGUCUUUACAACAACCGAAAAGGCUAAGGCACACUUGAAAGGAGGUGCUAAAAGGGUUGUCAUUUCGGCUCCCUCUGCUGACGCACCCAUGUUUGUCAUGGGUGUCAACCACAAGUCGUACACAACUGAUCUUGAGGUGAUUUCAAACGCUUCGUGCACAACUAACUGUCUUGCUCCAUUGGCAAAGGUUAUCAAUGAUAAAUUUACUAUUGUAGAGGGUCUUAUGACUACCAUUCACUCCUACACUGCCACGCAGAAAACUGUUGACGGCCCUUCUGCUAAAGACUGGCGUGGUGGUCGUACUGCAGCCCAGAACAUUAUUCCUAGCAGCACAGGUGCCGCAAAAGCUGUUGGCAAGGUUAUCCCUGAGCUUAACGGGAAAUUAACAGGAAUGGCAAUGCGUGUGCCCACUGCUAAUGUGUCUGUCGUUGACUUGACAUGUCGUAUCGAGAAGAGCGCUACCUAUGAUGAAAUUAAAAAGGCUGUGAAGAUUGCCGCCGGAAAUGAACUACAAGGCAUCCUUUCGUACACCGAAGAUGAAAUUGUCUCUACGGAUUUAAUCGGCAACAACCACUCAUCUAUAUUUGACGCCAAGGCCGGAAUAUCACUCAACGACAACUUUGUUAAGCUUGUUGCAUGGUACGAUAACGAGUGGGCUUACUCUCGCCGAGUGUUAGAUCUAAUCACCUAUAUCGCUAAAAUUGAUGACUCCAAUUAG